AUGGAUCUAUGCACUUUAGAAAAAAAUAAUAAAUCAAUUGAAAGUUUAUGUAAAGUAUUAGAAAAAAAUUAUAAAACUUUUUAUUUGUUAAACCCAGACGGUAUUCUUGAUUCAGUUGCAGGAUUAGAAAAUUUAUCUAUUUCAUUUUGUAAUAUUUCAUUUAAAACUAUUAUAUGUUAUAAAUGUUUAACUUUUUUUGAUUGUGAAAGUAAUGCAAAUUUUAGAAAGUGCCCUAAAUGUAAAGUAGUAAAUGCAAUAGUACCUUAUGAUAAUAUAGGCAAAAAAGUAAUCAUACUUAUAUGUUUUCAUUGCAAUAAUAGAAAUAUAACAAAUAUCGAAUGUUCAUAUGUUCAAUGCUAUUUAUGUAAUUAUAUGAAUUAUGCACAAUAUUACAACUCUAAUAAUAAUAAUAGAGCAGAAAUUAAUAACAAUAGAGUAACAGGAAGAAGAAGAAAAAUAAUUAAUUUUUUUAUGUUUAGAAAUAUGUGUAAAUGUGUAAACCCUCAUAGCAGCACUAGAAAUAAUUCUAGAGAAAAUAACAUUACUAAUGAAGAACAAAACGAUAAUAGAAUAAUGGGUAGAGUAAGCGAAAAUAAUAGAGAGAUGAACAAUAUUAAUAUAAAUAAUGUUUUAGAUGUAGAUAGAGAAGUAUACAAUAAUCAAAGGAUGAACAAUGUUAUUUUCCACAAUGAAGAAAUACAUGGAAUUGUAAAAGAGAGUGUAACAUAUAACGAUGAAAAUAAUGCACAUUUUAAUAAAUUUAAUGUAAAUAAUGCAAAUAGCAAUACAUUACUUACAAAUGAGAGAUUUAAUGAAAAUAUGGGAAAUUUUAAUAAUAAUAUCAAAAAUAAUAAAAAAAACAAGGAGGUACGUAGUAAUAAGAAACAUUUAGAAAAAAUAAAUAAUAUUGAAUGUAAUGAAAAUCUCUUUUUGGAUAAAAAUAAUGAUGUUGAUAUUGUAUCAAAUGAUAAUAAAACAUAUAAAUCAAGUUUCAAUUUAAGCACGCAAGCUGGAUCAUGUCCUAGAAACAGUGACAUGUGGUAUGAUGAGCAUUUAAAUUUAUUAGAUAAUUAUCGAGAAAAAUUAGGAACUGUUGUAGAAAAUGGUAACGUGAAAAGAAAAACUUUAAUGUUUAGUAACAUGCAUGAUAUCUAUAAUAAGAAAAUUAUUAAAAAAUUAAGUUUUACUGGAACAAAUGGAAAACGAGAUAGUGACGUAAAAAGAUACAUUGAAUACUUUAACAAGUUACAUUGUAAGAGAGAUAGUGAUUUAACUGAUAUGGUUGAAGAUGGUGAUUAUCAUAGGUUAUUUAAUAUCCAUAAAGAGAAUAUAGAAAAUGAAAAUUUUUAUAAAUAUCUAGAAUACUACGAAAAGUUUAAUAUAAAGAAUAUAUCAGAUAAUUUUUCAAAAAAAAAUAUGGUAGAUAAUUUCAUAAAUGGAAAUUUGAAUAAUAAUAAAAAUAUGAACAGUGAAAAAUGUGUUGAAAAUUUAAACAAUUUUAAAUUAAAUAAUUAUAAUAAUAUGGAUAUACGUAAUCUUAAUAAUUUUUCUUUAAAUAAUAAAGAUACUAAAAGUUAUGUAAAUAAAUAUUCAUCGAAAGUUAAUAAUAAUAAAAAUAGAGAGAUAAAAUUAUACAGUGUAAAUCAAAAAAAAGCAGAAAAUAUCUCACAAAAAGUGAAAAAUAAAAAUGUGGAUUCUCAAAAAAUGAGCGCAUGUAUAGAAGAUGAGUCAAAUAAAAAAAGUAAAUAUACUAAUGGAAAUAAUGGUCUUAAAUCAAAAAAUAAAGUUAAUAAAUCACCUCAUAAAAAAAAAAAAAAUAAAUAUGAAAAUAAAAAUGAAGAUAAAUAUAUUUUCUACUCUAAAUCUGAAUUAUGCAGUGAAUUUCGUUAA